AUGAGUGAUAAAAAUUGUUUUGAACCUAUUUGUGAAAAAGAAGACAUUCUAAAUUUCAAAUCCAAAAAAAGAUCUAAGCUAUAAUUUGAAGAUGAAUAACCAAUAUAGGAAUGUCCAUUAAAUAGAAGUACAUAUGGAAAUUAUACUUGGAAUAUGUUACAUACUACAGCUAUAUAUUAUCCAGAUGAACCAACACUAGAAUAAUAAUAGAAAAUGAGAAAUUUAUUUGAUGCAAUUGCAGAAUUCUAUGCCUGUAAACAUUGUAAAGCUCAUUUCUAGAAGGAUAUUUCAAAAAGUAAUAGAAAUUUUAAUCUAUUUUAGAUCCUCCAUAAGUCACAUCAAGAAAAGAUUUAUCUAUUUGGUUGUGUUAUAGACACAAUGAAGUAAAUUAAUUGCUUGGCAAACCUUAAUUUGAUUGUAGUUUUGAAAACCUUGAGAAGAGAUGGAGAACGGGAUGUUAAUGA